AUGGAGGAGCAAGGAUCGAAUACCGAAUUGUACAACAAGAAUAAAGAUAGAGGGGAAACUUAUAGUAUUGUACCCACAAGUGCUAUCAGUGGUGAAGGCAUACCUGAGAUGUUGUUACUACUUGUCCAAUGGGCUCAGAAGACAAUGAUUGAAAAACUUACAUACAACAGUGAUAUUCAGUGUACGGUAUUGGAGGUUAAAGUGAUAGAAGACCUUGGAACAAUCAUUGAUGUGGUUUUGGUUAAUGGUGUGCUUCAUGAAGGAGAUGAGAUUGUUGUUUAUGGCUUUCAGGGUUCAAUUCAUACAACAAUCCGAUCAUUGUUGACUUCUCACCUAAUGAAGGAACUCCGAGUAAAGACACAAGAUGGAGGUGAUGUCAAAGGAGAAGUUUCUCCUCGUGACAUAGUUUACACACAGGCUGCUGGAGGUGAAGAAGACCCAAACAUCUUUCACAUGCUUGAUCUUCGCUAUGAGUAA